UUUGAAUUAUGGGAUUCGCCAGUUGGAUUUACUAGGAAGGCUCUGAUUCAUUGUGUCGUUUGUAUGCAGACUGCUUGUGGACUGGUAGCUGAAGCUACCGUAUUCACGCCCCGGGGUGGUUACACUCGCACAAAAUGCGCUCGAAUGCGGCUGGCGCUUCUUCAUAACUCAUCAACCUCACUCCCCACCGGCCCCUCGCCUCAUACUCCAGCAACAAUUGCACCUCCAUCCCGGCCUCCAACGGAAUCACCCACUUGAUCUCCCCAGCUUUUUCAAUCGCACAGUUCCCUCUUUGACCUGGGCGACUUGUCGCACCUCAUCUCCUUCCUGAG